AUGCAAAAAGUGCUGUUGGAUGAGCCUUCUCAUCUCAGCUCCGUUCGGAAUGCUCUCGAAGGCCUUUCUCUCAUUUUCCCGAAUCAACUUCAAUUAAUUCAAACAACAACCUCUCAUAAUGAUGAUCAGACUGAUCAACAACAACAAGACUCAACCAUGGAUACCAUAUUAUUGAGAAAAAAUCAUGAUAAUACGAAAUUUGUUUCUCUCAUUUCUGGUGGAGGAAGCGGGCACUCUCCUUCUCACGAGUCUUUUGUUGCAAAAGGAAUGCUGACCGCUGCUGUAUGUGGAGCAGUCUUUACAUCUCCUUCUACUUCUCAAAUCUAUAGAGCAAUUCAAGCAGUGACAAGGACGAAUAAGCAAAAUGGAAAGGGUUGUUUGUUGAUUGUGAAAAAUUACACGGGUGAUAUUUUAAAUUUCAAAUUGGCAAGAGAAAUGGCACUUCAAAAUGAUUAUCAUGUCGAGAUGAUCGUUGUUGGGGAUGAUGUCACACAUCAGAGAGGAGUUGCAGGAACAGUGUUUGUGCAUAAACUAUGUGGAGCUAUGGCAGAUGAUCGUUAUACUCUGAAUGAUAUUAUGAAUGUAAUGAAAUCAUUUCAAAUAAUGUCUUCACCUUCUUUGGAGGAAAUUAGUUUUGAUAAGCCCUUCAUUAGGAGUAUUGGAGUAGGACUGAAUAGUAUUACUUUACCUGGCCAUAGCGAGCCACUUUAUGACUUGAAAGAUACUGAUGCUGUGUAUGAGUUGGGUUUAGGUAUUCAUGGAGAAAAGGGAGUUUCAAGAUUGGAGUAUCCAAAUGUAAAGCCAGCAACGGAGAUUUCACAAAUAAUGCUUAAGCAAUUAAUUCCUCUUGAUACAAUGCUGUCAACCACUGUAUCUCAUGAAAAAAAGAAAUGCGCCUUAAUGAUCAAUAAUUUGGGUUCAACAACCCUGUUGGAGAUUUAUAAUAUUGUAAAAAUUGUCGUCACAAUGUUGCAACAAUGUAACUUUGUACUGGAGAGAAUUUAUGUUGGAACAUUUAUGACAGCUCUUAAUAUGCAUGGCAUCUCUUUAACAUUACUAAAUUUAGGAGCAACCGGCAAUGAAAAAAUUUUACAAUUUUUAGAUUGGAAAACAGAUUCCAUAUUUUGGCCAGAUAGUUUUAAAUUAAUCUCUCUCGAAGAUUCAAUUGAAAUGCGUCAUGUAUCCUAUUUAACUGUAGACUCACAAUGUGAUGCAUUUAAGGGUGAGACUUGUAAUGUGUCCGAGAGUGAGCAUGUUGAGACUUUUGGAAAAUUAUUGGAAAUUAUAUGCAAUCAUAUUGAGUCGAGAUAUCAAUAUUACAAUAGCUUGGACAGUGCCGUUGGAGAUGGUGACUUUGGAGAUUCCGCAAAACGAGCUGUCAAGCACAUCAGAAUAGAUAUUUUAACAAGGAUCAAAUCGAUCGAAAGCAUGCAAGAGUUAUUUUAUCGUAUUGGUACCUCUAUACAACAAGCUGGAGGUAGCAGUGGAGCCAUAAUUUCCAUGUUUUUCUUAAAGUAUGCUCGCUCAUUACGAGAAUCAAUAGUUGGUGAGACCAUGAAUUUCAGAAAGAGAAAUAUUAAGGCCUUUCAAGAAGGAGUUCAGGGCAUGAUGGAAAUUGGUGAUGCAAAAGUCGGUGAUAAAACUCUUCUUGACACUCUCAUUCCUAUCAGCGACUUCCUGGAGAGAAUAGACCUUACUACAGCUGAGAGUAGUAUGGUCAAGUCUCAUCUCUCACAAGCCAUUUUAGAUAUCGCUCAAAAGGGAAUGCUUUCAACCAAAGACAUGUUGGCCAAGCGUGGGAGAGCAAGAUAUCUUGGAGAGAGAGUCAUUGGCCACAUAGACCCAGGUGCAUUUUGCAUGUUUGAGAUUGUAGAGCUAUGGGCCAAAUGGUUUUCUGGUGAAACACAUUGCAGAGAGUAA